GUAGAUAGGAAGGAAAACAAACCUCAGCAACCCCCAAUACAACUCUUUCGCAGCCCCCUUUACACAGCGUCACUCUCUCUAAACAUCCACGCAAGAUGCGCGCGAAUCCACAAAGCGAUAGCGAGCAGGAGCUCAACGUUGCGGCCAGCAGCGACGACGAGGGCCGCGACCGCAUCAUCGACGGCCUCCGCUACCCGCGCCAGGAGCGCCAAAUCGAUCAGCUGGGCUUUGAGCUCACGAAGCACUGCCUCCACUUCCACGGCGCGGACUGGGACAUCCCACUGACGCAGAAGCGCGAGGACCUGACGCGUGCCUUCAUCAGCGAUGCCGCCGCCGCCGUGCACGAGCCGGAGAGCAACAUUCAAGACCUGCGCUUCAUCGUCACGCCCACCCAUCUCGACGUGAAGCUGUCCGUGCGUCACAAGGCGCACAUCUCAAAGCAGGAGACGCAAAAGAAGCUGGCCGGCUUCGGCUGGGAGCACGUGAAGGCGCUGUACGAGCCACGCAAGAAGGUGCCGCGGCCAAAGAAGGAGGAGCCGCCGGUGCUGGAGCAGGUCCGACAGACCACGUCACACAACAUUAGUUUCUUUGGUCGCGCAAACGUGGGGAAGGAGGGGCCCGAGUUCGGCGAUAGGGCCGACGAUGGGGAGGAGCCUGCCGCCUACGAGGAGCAGCAGGCCGCCAAAGAUCGCCGUACGACGAGUCAUUUGUUCAUGGCGGUGGGUCUCGCCGUGUAA